AUGCUCAUGCCCCAUUUCAUAGUUUCUCCUACAUCACACUGUCAGGUCAUAUCAGGGAUUGAAGCAGCAGUGAAGUCAAUGAAAGUAGGUGGCAUUCGACGAGUCAUCAUUCCACCAUCCCAAGGAUAUCAGAACAUGUCCCAAGAACCCAUACCACCUAAUACCAAACAAGAGGUUGAUAUUGUGACAAAGACAAAUAGUUGCAUCGAUGAGAAAGGCUGUUGGGGUUUAGAUGAAGAGUUGAGGUUGCAAAUUAGGACAUUACAGCAUACCAUUGAAUUGAAACUGACGUUUCACAUAAAGCCAAAUGGCAAUAAUAGGAGUCAUGUAGCCAGACCAAACGUUGGAGAUGGCUUUGCUGAUAAAGCUGAGAUGAGGUUUGCCUCUAGUGCACCACAAUGCUGCCUAUUUGUAGAUGGCGAAGAUACUAUUCCCUUGAGCUGA